AUGUUUCUCCUGCUGACAGCACUUCAAGUCUUGGCUGUAGCCAUGGCACAGAGCCAGGGGGAUGAGAACAAGAUAAUUGGUGGCUACACAUGCAUCCGGAACUCCCAGCCAUGGCAGGCGGCCCUACUGGCAGGUCCCGGACGCCGCUUCCUUUGUGGAGGGGCCCUGCUGUCAAGCCAGUGGGCCAUCACCGCUGCUCACUGCGCCCGUCCGAUCCUGCGGGUAGCCCUGGGCAAGCACAACCUGAAGAAGUGGGAGGCCACUGAGCAGGUGCUGCGUGUGGCUCGCCAAGUGCCCCACCCCAGCUACAACUCCAGAACCCAUGACAACGACCUGAUGCUGCUACGGCUGGAGAAGCCUGCCCAACUGGGGAGGGCAGUGAAGCCCAUUGCCCUGGCCAGGUCUUGUGCCAGCCCUGGGACCCUCUGCCGUGUAUCAGGCUGGGGGACCACAUCCAGCCCCAUUGCCAGGUACCCCAGCUCCCUGCAGUGCGUGAACAUCAACAUCUCCUCGGACCAGGAGUGCCAGCGGGCCUAUUCUGGAGCCAUCACUGCGGGCAUGGUCUGUGCAGGGACUCCCCAGGGCGGGAAGGACUCUUGUCAGGGUGACUCCGGGGGACCCCUGGUGUGCAGAGAACAGCUCCAGGGCCUUGUGUCCUGGGGGAUGGAGCACUGUGCCCUGCCUGGCUACCCCGGGGUCUACACCAACCUGUGCAAGUACCAAAACUGGAUCCGGGAAACCAUUCAGAGUAAAUGAUUGUUGUCCUUGUGACUAUAUGCCAGCUGCCCUCCUCGCUUGGCCCUCCCCUCUCUACUCAGGACCCAGGAAUCCAAGACUCCAGCCCCUCGUCCCUCAAAGCAGGAGCCCCAGCCCCCGGCAUCCUGAUCCUUACACCUAGCUCUGACCUUCCCUUUCCCAGAGCAGUUGCUUCAGGUUUUCUCUCCCCACCCAUGCCCUCUACUCCCACAACAUCAUCAUCAUCGUUAUCUACGACCCCCUUAGUCACAGAGGGCAGGAGCGCAGAGGCUCUGAAUUGGCAUCAUAUUCCAAA